CUCGUCCUAUAUAUCACCUCUAUAUAUAGAAUUCCUAGCUCAAACUGAAAUCCAUCCAAUUGUUUCUUUGUGAUUAACUUUCAUCAUUUUGCCAUCUUUUCCAAUUUUCUACUUCUAAGCUCCAGAAAUGGCAAUGCUGAGAUCAACAUUAAUGAGCUUGGCUAUAUUAGCCAUGCUCAUCAAUUUAGGUAUGGGGGCAAAUUACACAGUCGGAGGCGCAAACGGGUGGGAUACAAUCACCGACUUGCAAACAUGGGCUUCAUCUCAAUCAUUUUUAGUUGGAGAUAACCUGAUUUUUCAGUACACACCAAACCAUGAUGUGCUUGAGGUUUCAAAGUCAGACUAUGACUCUUGCCAGGCAAGUAACCCAAUUCAAUCUUACAGUGGUGGCACCACCAGCAUCCCACUCUCUUCACAAGGCAAGAAAUACUUCAUCUGUGGAACAAGUGGACAUUGUAGCCAAGGAAUGAAAGUUCAAAUAGACACUCUUGCAACAUCAGCCCCACCACCCGCAUCCCCUUCAAGCAAACCACCAACUUCAUCGGUGACUCCAUUGGUUCCUACUCCAGCUUCAGAAAGUCAUUCUUCCUCACCAGCUCAAACGCCAAAAUCCACUCCCACUGUACCAUCUCCAACACCAUCUGCAACUGCAGCAAAACUACCUUCCUCAUCAGCUCACAGAGGCGGUUUUCUUGUCAACAUCACAAUGGGGAUAAUCUUUGUAAUGACAAUGCUUCAGGCAUACUAAGCAUUGGAUUAUUUCUUUGUGAGGAAUAUUUAUUGUGGCCAAAUAUUAUUUUACCUGUUGACGCAUUUUGGAAACAAGUUCAUAGCACAAGCAUAAUGUCAU